AUGUUCUCGCAAACGCUGCGUGCUCUGUCCCGCUCUUCGGCGACUGCCAUCCGCCGGUUGCCUGUCCAGCGACUCUCGCGGCAUAUCACCCGCCCAGCAGGGGCGACGAUCUCAAGCAACGCGCUUGUCCGACGCCGGUUGCUCAGCACGCCUCCGCCCCAGGUCAACGAGAGUCAUUUGUCGACGGAGGAAUACCAUGUUUUGGCGGAUAAAGCUAUGGACCGCAUGCUAGAAACUAUGGAGGAACUCGUGGAAGAGCUCGGAGACGCAGACCAUGAAGUAGACUACCACAGUGGAGUGCUUACUCUAAGCCUAGGCAAGCACGGCACAUAUGUCAUCAACAAACAGCCGCCCAACAAACAGAUAUGGCUGUCCUCGCCACGGAGCGGGCCUAAGCGGUACGAUUACCACGAAGACACAAAGUCUUGGGUGUACAACAGGGACAACACUACAAUCGAAGCUCUCCUUUCAAGCGAGCUGAGCGAUAUCUUUUCGGAGCCGGUGUCGUUCACCCUUUAA